GAAAGUUUUGCCCAGAUUCACUACGCCUCCGUCAAUGAGAAGACCAAUACCGGCUCCCAGGAGCAAUGCUCCAAAGUCUCCUACAGCACCGCGACACAGUAGUUCAGUUGUAGCCCUGAUUGAUUAUAAUCCUGGCCAGACUGAUUUGCUGGCAUUUCAAAAAGGCGACGUUGGACGUCUUAUAAAGAAAGCAGGAACUGGAUGGUGGUUUAUCGAACUCAAGGGAAUAGAGGGAUGGGUUCCUGUUGUUUACUGGGGGGACCUGAAGGAAGCACGCAAUGGCAAAAUUCCCGAGCUAUCUUUACAAGGUUUUGGUAAUCAGUGGUUUGUUGGUAAAAUGUCCAGAGACCAAUGUGAAGACAUGUUUGGAAAGCACGGAAAACAUUUGGACUUUAUCGUGAGAGAGAGUGUGCAAAGGGUUGGAUCUUAUGCUCUUUCUAUCAAGUUCAAUGAAAAAAUUCACCAUUUUCCGAUCGAGAAAUCUUCAUCAGGGAAACUCCAGAUUGGAAAACUAAGUUUUGAUCAACUUUCAGAGAUCAUCUCUCACUAUAGAGUACAUCCGUUGUUCUACACCGACAACAGACAACCAGUAUCCGUUGGCAAACCUCUAUCAAGGUAGAAAACACUCAAGUCCGCGGGGGAUUGGCAACCAGCGCUAUAAGUUCAUAUGAAUUAAAUACUCUGUUGGAAGUUAUAUUUUUUACUAACCAUUACCAUGGCAUAUUCCUGAUACAGUAAAACUGACCUUAGACAUGUCUGCAUGACAAGAACUGACCCAUGCAUCCAUACUGGAAGAAAGUGAAUCUCAUCACUGGACUCUUAAAACUUUUACGUGUACAUAAUAUAUGAGAUAAUUCUUACACAAGUUUUUUAAAAUGUUGUCCUUUGCUCACCGGGCUAAAUGUUCGGGGGAUGGGCAAAUUGAAAUGAUAAUUUUGGUUGGACAGGUGAGACGAUACUUUAGGAAGAAAAAAGUGGCCUCGGGCCAAGCAAGAUUAUCAUUUCAAUUUGACUUGGCUAUUUCACAACACAUCUUGCCCUAGUGAUGACGGUAAUGAGUUCUCAAGUGGUAAAUCGAUAAUUUAAAUCCCA